AUUCUAUUAUCAAAGUAUCAUCUCAGUUUCUAUGUCUGUACUUUUUGUGUAGCUUCUUCCUCUCUGAGGUUUUACUUUGAAACUCGUCACAGGAAGUCAUCAUAUUUCAUUCUGGCUGACUUGACAGCAGAGGCGCAUCUUUUAUUUGAUGCAAAGGAAGCAGGAGCUGCAGCUGGAGAGGACCAUGUGGAAUAUUUUCCUACAAACAACCUGACUCAAGGAUGUCUUGGCCUGCUCUGUACACUCAGUUGGUGGGGGCGAACCGUCACUCCACCAGCCUGGGUAAAAUCUGGCUCUCGGUACUGUUUAUUUUCCGGGUCAUGGUGCUGGUUGUUGCUGCUGAGAGCGUCUGGGGCGAUGAGCAGUCUGACUUCACCUGUAACACAUUACAGCCUGGCUGUGAGAACGUCUGCUAUGAUCAAUUCUUUCCUGUCUCUCACAUCCGUCUCUGGUGUCUCCAACUUGUCUUUGUCUCCACGCCGACGCUCCUGGUUGCCAUGUAUGUGGCCUAUCGGAACCAUAGCGAUAAGAAGAGGGUCUUGCAGGCGUCUGGUAGAGCUGGUUUCCUCAGCAACAAGGGCCAGGAGGGAGAGCUGGAGACUCUGAAGAGACGGAGACUCCCGAUCGCUGGCGCUCUCUGGUGGACAUAUGCAUGCAGUCUGGUGUUCAGGCUGCUGUUUGAGGGAGGCUUCAUGUAUGCUCUGUAUGUGGUGUACGAUGGUUUCCAGAUGCCACGGCUGGUGCAGUGUGACCAGUGGCCGUGUCCUAACCUGGUGGACUGUUUCAUCUCACGCCCCACCGAGAAAACCAUCUUCACUGUUUUCAUGGCCACCGCCUCUUCUAUCUGUAUGGUCCUGAACAUCGCUGAGCUUGCCUAUCUUGUUUCCAAGGCUAUUACCAGGAGUAUCUGUGGCCAGAGGGAGAGGAAAUCCAGCAGAGAGAGGAUGCAGAAUAAGACAAACUAGAAGUUGCUUGUCUCAACCUGAGGAAGCAGCGACAACAUGGAUACAUGAAGAAGAUAUUCCAAAGACUUAAAACAAGCUAAAUCUGCAGGAUCACAAGUGGAGAACACAUGAAUGACCCCAAAACUAUGUAAAUAUAAUUAAAAAGUGGACAUUUUCUAUGAUACCCAAAUUGUUGAAGUGUAACAUUGAAGGGGUGGAGAGGAUGGAAUCAGUAUCAACAACUCAAAACUGUAUUUUUACAUGACAUUGUUUCAGAUUGUAUGUCAAUUAUGACUUCUUUUUUUUUUUAACUUGUGUUGAUAGUGCAGUUGUGUAAUAUGAUAUCUAGUUAGACAAUGUAUUCUAAUGUAAAAAACUAAAAAAGACACAUAGUCUAUUUAUAAUAAUGCUAUGAUUUAGAGCCAUCAUGCCAUCUACUGGCAUGAAGAAAACAUGAAACAUAAAAAAUGUGAGGACU